GCAUUGAGCAUGAACAGGUCACUUUUCUAUGGUGAAGUUAUAGCGUUGAAAGCCCAAGUACCAGCUGAUACCCUCCCACCCAUUCUGAGUCUGGCGGCACUAAGCCGCCCAGCGAACAUGCAGGCUCGUCUAUCCGCGAUGCAUACGGUGUCCCUCAUGGAGGCGGGCCAGAUGCACUCGCUUCCUCUGGUGGUGGGCAACAGCAAUUUUUCUCCACAGAACUCGUCCAUCGCCGGCGAAUUCUGCAGCCACGACGAAGGCCUACAGGCGACUAACAAUCAAAAUAUCGGCUGCAGCGGCGUAGGGAGGGUAGGAGAUGAGGCAGAGCGAAAGGGAAGAAACGGAGCGGGAAGAGGAGGGUGCGUCGAGAUGUCGCAGACAGGCCGACACCAGCCAGAGGGCACAGAAGAGAGACUUCAACGGUCCGGAUUGGUGAGCUUCUCGAUGGGCGCUUCGCUGUUGCUGCCGGGUCCACUGGUACCGCCGCUACACUCGCUGGAAAGAAUGACAAACGCCACGGUGCUCGCCUACUCCACCCGGUCUCCUGUCGAGCUUUACUCUUCCCCGUUGCAGGCUCCAUUGUUGCCAUCCGAUGCCACAUCUGCCUCGCAGAACGUCUACCAACUUCUCUCUCAGACACCCCAAUUCGGUCACAACCAAUCGGGCGAUCAGCAACUGCAGGCGCCGGAGCUCAAUCGUCAGCUCAGUCUACACAUUGAGCCCAGCUUCUGGGGUCCAACCGGGGCGACAUUGCGCCUCGGUUCUGAUGCUGCAGUCAGGCGUCAAAGGUUCCCUGUCACGAGCGCAACGUCUUUCAAUAUCUGUUGCCAUGCCGACGGAGAUUCAUCCGCCAAGAUUGAGGCGAAACUAGGCCCGAAUGAGCCGUCUCCAGAGGAGACGAUGGACUCAGACAGAUGCUCAACUUCGAAGGUAGGUUACGCCCAAAUGCCGUCGGAUGAGCAUCGAGUAAACCCGGUCAGGAGACCCGCGGGCUUUUUGCAACGAAGGCCUCGUCGGUACCACGACUUUUCAGCAGACACAGAUGACGAGGCGGAAGAAGAGGAAGAAGAAGAGGAAGAGGACGAGGAAGAGGACGAGGAGGAUGAGGAUGAAGGGGAUGAGGAGGCAGAAGAGACGAGACAUAGUGUUGGCGCAUCCUCUCUUGGGUUGCCAGGUAAAUCUGCCUCAUCCGUAGACCUUGGGACGGACUCUAAGCUGAGACCUCAUGAGAGCAACGAGUUGUCACAGUGCUCGAAUAGUCUUCUGCCUCGUCCUGCAGAUUCUGGUUCUCCUCGACUCCGGCAAGCGCCAAUCGCGACUGCAGCUUCCGCUUUGGCCUCCAGACGUUCGGGCGUCAUGGAAGAGAUAUCGUCUUUACGGAUUCGGCAGGACUUUUCCGGCUUUAAGGAGUUGGAAGUAGACGCCUUGUCUGCUGUCGCAGAACCGUCUGCCGGUUUGUGUGGCGUAGAACCUUCAGCCGAUUUAACCUACAAAUCGUUUGUCUCAUCGAUCCACUUCUCCAGAGAGGGGAGACCCAAGCAUGAUGCAAAAAUCGGCUCCAUCUUGUCUCCUCCAAGGCAUCGACACACAACAGCCAAUGUACCGUUUCCUUUGGCGCCCAGUUCGGUGUCUUCUUCAUUUGCCUCGAUUUCACGCUCCUCUCUGUCUCCGACGGCCAACAUCAGCUUCACUUCAUCGUCCUUACCCGUCGCGGCCGCCUCCGCCUCCAUUUGUGCAGUCUCUUCAUCUAUAUUAGCCCCCUCCUGCUCCUCCACCACCACCCUCUCCUCUUCUUCUUCUUCUUCCUCUUCCUCCUCCUCUUCUUCCUCUUGUUCCACCUCCUCGUUUAAUUCGAACCUUUCUUCUUCGGUCUCGUUCACCCUUCCCGGCAACACUUCAUCCUCAAACGGAACCCCCGCUUAUUCGCCGGACAGCAAGUCGCACCAAUAUCUCUUCCUUUCCCAUUUUCCCGUCGUAACUAGCCGCCAAGAGGGUGACCUAUUGCCCGAAGUCAAGAUGGGAGAGCCUGUGACAUCCACCAGACAGCACCAAAUAGUCGCUGGCUUGGCACCGGUUUCACUAGCCUCCCCCGACAACAGUCCUCCUCAGGCUGCCCGCUUCUUGAUUGCAUCCGCCGCCUGUGUUUCCGGCUGUCUGAACCAGCAGAACUGCCUCGUUGGUACCGAGGACUAUCGAGAGACAGUUGCCCCCUUUAAGUACCAUCCAUCGCUGGUGAGAACGACGACCGGUCCGGUCUACGCCCAAUUGAGAGGAUUGAGCGGCUGCUUCGGCCGAUUGAAUAGCAACAGUCGGCUCCGAGGCAGGCGGGUGAUGGAGCGUCGAGUGAAGCAAAUGGAGGAGAGAAGCCGAUUUCGGGCCGAAGCAGAGGAGAAGAAGGCGGAAGCAGAAGCAGGCGCAGAAGAAGAAGAAGAAGAAGAAGAAAAAGAGGAAGAGGAAGAAGAAGAGGAAGAUGAAGAGGAGGGCGAAAGAGGGCGAGACGAUUACACAAAGGAAAUGAGGCGACGAGGCCGAUGCGAAGAGCAACAGAUGGUUGGGCCUGACUACCCAGCUUGCGCCGUCAGCAGCACCAGCAUCUCAACCGCCUUGACGACGUGUUAUCCCAGUCAAGAUGCGUCACUCCAGCCGAUACAUACAGCUUCAGUCGCCUUUCUCACCGAUUCAUCUGGCGCCAACUAUCAGUCCACAUAUUCGGCCACCAAUCCGGCUCGGCCGGAUCGAGCCACAAGACCGGAGGAGCAGGCCGGUCUGACAGAAGAUUGUCAAUCGGCACGACCUGUACUGUUUGGGGCUCGGCGAAACAGGACGGAGGCGAUGGGGAAAAUGAUCUCUUUUGCCAAUUGCUGUCCCCUCCUGCAGGAGCGUGAUAUCCCAAAUUGCAUCAACAAGGCUUCCCAUUCCGCUUCCUUCUUCUCUUCUUCUUCCUCCUCCUCCUCCUCAUCGUCGUCGUCGUCAUCGUCGUCCACCUCCACGGUUGACAGCUCCCUCAUUCCCACGGCAACGUCACCCAGUGAAGCAGUGCCAAGUGACGCAGGUCUGUUGAGCCAGAACGGUUUUGAUUUCGACUCUGGCAAUUUGGAAUGUCGCCUCAAAGUGGGCCAAUUCAGUCCAAAUACGGAGGCUGCGGAGCCACUCGCCUCUUCCACGCCUGCCUGUCAGGGCAAAGAGAUCCUUCGAGAGGGCGUCGAGACGACAGAGCAUCCACUCGGUCGUUGUCCGAUUCCUUUGUCCGUCGGCCCAAGAGAAGUCGCGCCGAAACUGGCAGACACUCAUCUGCCUACACGAAGCUCGGCAGAUGAGCUGACAUUAGACUCUAGAAAGGCUGUCGCUAGGCUAGAGUCAAGCGAUCUGGUCGACUCGAAGAUGAUCACCCUUUCUUCUCUUUCCGAAGAGCCGAUGUACCCGGCUGAGACUGGUCUCCUCUUCACGGUCAACUCGCCCAGCGCAUCUGCGGAGGGAGAGGAGGAGGAGGAGGAAGAAGAGGGGAGAGAAGAAGAAGAGGAGGCGCAGCGCGAGGCGGCCUCCUGCCACGAGAAGCAGUUGUCAGCUCUGAGUCUGCUUAGAAACUGCCCCACGACCGGCCGGCUCGGCUCCUACCUGCCGUCGGCAGCGACCGCCUUCUUUCAGGGCGCCGGAGCCAUGAAUCCGGCCGGUCGGUUUCUCGCUCCACCCACCGACUGGGCUGCUUCACUCUCCUCCAGUCUGGCCUACAGUCAAGCCAGCCCAUUUUUGCCCAUCAGUCGAACGGCCUCCACUUCUCGACCUCAUCAACCGAUCCAGACUUCGUCGGACCACACCAACCUCGCGCCGCCUCCACAUCCCAUCUCGCUCCAACUGGCUGCUUAUCCGGGUCUCUCCUUGUCCCAACACCAGCUCCAGCAGCAACACCAGCAUCAGCAUCAACACCAGUCCCACUUGAAUCUGCUGUCUGAGGAGACUGGCUCGACCGUUGCCGGCCCCAACCCUCGAGCCUAUCUCUCGGCCGGAACGACGUCAGUCUCGACACAAGCCACUGGUACAGCCGGCGAGGCGGAAACGGCAACAUUGCCCUGCUCCAUUACUCGAGCCUUAGGUCCGGCCGGAUUUUCUGCACCCUUAACUGUCACCAACACGCUAUACCCUCGAUACAACCAUCAGUCGCAGCCUCAUCAGCAUCACCUCACUCAGCAACAGCUACAAACACAAACAUCGUCACAAUCGCAAGCAAAACCACGAUCACAACCACAACACCAACAGAGCCAACAAUCUGUGUACAGCCAGGCAACGCCUGCGACAGUCUGCUCCUCCUCCUCCUCCUCAUCAUCAUCAUCCUCAUCAUCAUCAUCAUCCUCUUCCUCUGCUUCUUCCACCACCUCCUCCUCAUCUUCCACCUCCACUUUGUCAUCAUCGUCUUCUCCAACUAAUGGACACAGCCAAUCGCUUUCCGACUCCACCGCGCCAGAGAUCUACACGUCGCCCGAUCUCAUGCUCGGUCCGAGCUCAUUUCACACCUCACUGACUGGCGCCGGAUUCGAAUUGGUACAACCGACGGGCGAAACAACUCAUGCCACUCCGUACACCCUCGCUGGUGUCGACGCAAAUCUCAGCUCCGAUGCCAACCUGUCCGGCGCCACGAGCACCGACAGCGGCAGUGGUGGUACCGGUGGUGGCGGAAGCAACCACAGCCUCGGUCUCGGCACCGGCAAGCUAUGCAAAGAGGCCGAGGCGGUCCUCGGCCUCGGCGAUCUGUCGCAUUGUCAACAACCAACGCAAGAGUUGAACUCGGCUGGACACAAUCAACGCCAAAGCCAACAUCAUCAUCAACAACAACAGCAGCUUAUUUUGCCCCAGCAUUUGCCCACCGGCUCCCUUCAUCAUUCCGUAUCCCAUCAGCUGCCCCAGCCUGCGCCAGAGCCCCAACACCAACACCACCAUCAACAACCCUCCUUUUUACUGCCACUCUCGUCCUCAGGCUCCGGAUUUGGACAACUACAGCUGCCGGCACCACAACAUUCACACUCCCUUCACAGCGGUUUAACCAUUUCUUGUGCUUCUGCCUUGACUCUUCAGCCCGCCCAGCACACUCUGGCUCCACCCCUCCUCCCACCACGUCACACUCUCGCCCCCCCUCUGCCUCCUCCUCCUCCCCUGCAUCCUUCCUUGUCCUCCCUUCCUUCUUCGCCAGGCUCCCAUUUGGUGUAUCCACUUGGACCGCAGCAAUACGCCUUUUCGCAUCAUCCGUUCGGACAACUGCCACCCUAUCAUCCCCAUCUCACCCAUUCACUUCAUCCUCUUGGCCAUCCUCCAACCCCCCACCAUCACACCCACCACCCUCACCUCCACCACAGUCCCCAUCAUCAUCAGCAUCAUCUGGCUCAGAAUCCUCACCAUCAACAUCUUCACAGCCACCUGGCUUCACACUCCUGCUACCCUCAUACCAUCACAGAGACGACUCAUGUCUCGUCAAAUGGGCUCGUCAGUGUGACGGCCGCGGCUGCCGCUUCUGCUGCAUUUAUGGUCGCUGGGGCGGUUGGCGAACCGUCGUCAGGCUCUGUUUCGGUGUCUGGUUCGGCGGCUGCUGCAGCAGCUGCAGCAGCAGCAGCAGUUGCUGCGGCUGCCGCAGCGGCGGCAGCAACCGCCGAGGUGGUCGACUACAAUCCCCGAGAAUUGGAGGCAUUUGCAGAACGCUUCAAGCAGCGUCGCAUCAAAUUGGGCGUAACUCAGGCCGACGUCGGUAAGGCCCUGGGCAACCUGAAGAUCGCUGGCGUUGGAUCGCUUUCACAGUCUACAAUAUGUCGAUUCGAGUCACUCACUCUGUCGCACAACAACAUGGUCGCUUUGAAGCCGAUACUUCAGGCUUGGCUGGAGGAGGCCGAGGCUGAGGCAAAUGAGCGUCUUCGGCACCCGGACAUUUAUGACCCGGAGGAGGAGAAGAAGCGUAAGCGCACUUCGAUCACAGAUUCCGAAAAGAGAUCACUUGAGGCCUUCUUCGGUGUCCAGCCUCGUCCGUCAAGCGAAAAAAUUGCCCAAAUCGCUGAAAAAUUGAACUUGAAAAAGAAUGUAGUUCGUGUCUGGUUCUGUAAUCAGCGACAAAAGCAGAAGCGCAUGAAAUUCGCCACCAUGGGUCUGAUGCGUCACCACAACUCAUCUCAGGUUUAA